AUGGGCUGCUGCUCCUGGCCAUUGGUUCUGCUGCUGCCGGCUUUGCUGCUCUUCGCUGUGGCGGAAUGCCAGCUUCGAGGUUUAUUUCCUGCCAUUCUAAAUCUUGCUAGCAAUGCUCAUAUCAGCACCAAUGCUACCUGUGGUGAAAAGGGGCUCGAGAUGUUUUGUAAACUUGUGGAGCAUGUUCCAGGCCGUCCUCUACGCAAUGCACAGUGUCGAAUCUGUGACCAUAAUAGUGCAAAUCCCAAAGAACAACACCCUAUCUCAAAUGCUAUUGAUGGUACUAAUAACUGGUGGCAAAGUCCUAGUAUUCAAAAUGGAAGAGAGUAUCAUUGGGUAACCAUAACUCUAGAUCUAAGGCAGGUCUUUCAAGUUGCCUAUGUCAUCAUCAAAGCUGCUAAUGCUCCCCGUCCUGGAAACUGGAUUUUGGAACGUUCUGUGGAUGGCGCCGAAUUCAGUCCCUGGCAGUACUAUGCAAUUAGUGACACAGAGUGCCUUACCAGAUAUAAUGUAACGCCACGACUUGGGCCUCCUACAUAUAAGAGAGAUGAUGAAGUGAUCUGCACUUCCUAUUAUUCUAGGCUAGUCCCACUUGAACAUGGAGAGAUCCACACAUCACUGAUCAAUGGUAGACCUAGUGCUGAUGACCCUUCACCAACAUUAUUGGAUUUUACUUCUGCACGAUACAUCCGUCUUCGACUGCAGCGUAUAAGAACCCUUAAUGCUGACCUCAUGACCCUUAGCCACCAUGAUCCUAAAGAUGUUGAUCCUAUUGUUACUAGAAGGUAUUACUAUUCAAUAAAGGAUAUCUCUAUUGGAGGUAUGUGCAUUUGCUAUGGCCAUGCUCGAAGUUGUCCUUUGGAUAAAGACACUAAGAAAUUACAGUGCCAGUGUGAACACAAUACUUGUGGUGAGAGCUGUAAUGAGUGUUGCCCUGGCUACCAUCAGGCACCGUGGAGACCAGGAACCAUUUCUGUUGGCAACAAAUGUGAAAAAUGUAACUGUCAUAACAAAGCAGAAGAUUGUUAUUAUGAUCAGAGUGUGGCGGACCAAAAAAAAAGUAUAAACAUUUAUGGCCAGUUCAAAGGAGGUGGAGUCUGCAUAAACUGUACCCAAUACACCACUGGAAUAAACUGUGACAUGUGCAGUGAUGGAUACUACAGGCCACAUAAAGUGUCUCCCUAUGACAACAAUCCUUGCCUUCCCUGUGAAUGUGGUUUAUUUGGGUCCUUUGGUUUUGACUGUGUUAAAGAUGAUGAUCAUGCUGACCCACAGCGUGGUGUUCAGUCUGGUCAGUGUCAUUGCAAGGAAGGUUAUGCAGGAGAAAAAUGUGAUCGUUGUGCCUUUGGUUACAAAGGUUAUCCAAACUGCAUACGAUGUAACUGUAGCCUUGUUGGCAGCAUUAAUGAUGACCCAUGCACAGAACCUUGCCUUUGUAAAGAAAAUGUAGAAGGAGAAAACUGUGACCGCUGCAAGCCAGGGUUCUACAAUCUCCAAGAAAGAAAUCCUCACGGUUGCACUGAAUGUUUCUGUUUCGGGGUUUCUGAUGUCUGUGAAAGCCUUUCAUGGCCCAUCAGUCAGAUGUCUUCUAUGAAUGGUUGGUUGGUGACUGAUCCAUAUACCUCAAAGACCAUACAACCUCAACAAGGCCAUUUUGAGGGCCCACGUCAAAUAAGCAUUAACAACAUUGCAGCUGCAAAAAUACUAAAGUCUCCUUAUUACUGGUCUGCACCUAAGCCAUAUCUUGGAAAUAAACUUACAUCCUUUGGUGGUUACUUGAAGUAUACUGUGUUCUAUGACAUUCCCAUGGACAGUACAGACAGUGAUUUAGUGUCUAAUGUGGAUGUUAUUAUUCAGGGCAACGGACACAUUUUGUGUACUAGAUCUGAAGGGCUGUCUUUGCAACCAUAUGAGGAGUAUUCCAAUACUGUGCGGCUUGUGUCUGAAAACUUUGUUGACUUUACUACAAAGAAGCCAAUAGAUCGAGACAUGCUGAUGACAGUUUUAGCAAAUAUUACUCAUCUUCUGCUCAGGGCCAGUUACAACAUUGCAAAAAAGGCUGUAUACAGGUUGGAUUCUGUCACUUUGGAUACAGCGAAUGCUAAUCUCAUAGAUCUAUCUUCAGCUGCAGAUGUGGAAUAUUGUGAAUGUCCUCAAGGCUACUCUGGGAUUUCUUGUGAGGCCUGUCUUCCUGGGUACUACCGAGUAGGUGGAAUACUCUUUGGAGGGAUUUGCCUGCCGUGUGAUUGCAAUGGUCAUGCAACGGAAUGUGAUAUUCAUGGCGUUUGUCUUGCUUGUGAACACAACACUACCGGGCCUUCUUGUGAUCAGUGUCUGCCUGGGUUCUAUGGAAUACCUUCCAGGGGCACCGCAGAGGACUGCCAGCCAUGUGCCUGUCCACUGAAAACUCCCCCGAACAAUUUUAGUCCUACCUGUCAUUUGGAUAAUGAAGGUGAAGUUAUCUGUGAUAAAUGUCCUCCAGGGUAUGCAGGAGCCAAGUGUGAAAGAUGUGCAAAUGGGUACUACGGCGAUCCUUUAGUGCUGGGACAAUCGUGUAUUCCUUGCGAUUGCAAUGGCAACAUAGACCCAAUGGAAGAUGGCCACUGCAACUCACUCACAGGAGAGUGCCUGAAGUGCAUUGGGAAUACUGUGGGGCAUCGCUGUGAAAGGUGUGCUGAUGGGUUUUAUGGGGAUGCAGUGACUAACAAAGACUGUCGUGCUUGUGAGUGCCAUGUGAACGGCUCUGUUUCCGGCAUCUGUCAUCAUGGGACUGGACUGUGCCAAUGCAAAGCAAAUGUGGUGGGACAAAGAUGUAAUAAGUGUUUGCUUGGAUAUUACGGCCUAAGUACUGGAUUUGGCUGCCUUCCCUGCAACUGCAGUAAAGCUGGCUCAGUUGCCGAGGACUGUAAUGAUGAUGGACAGUGUCACUGUGUGGCCGGGGUGGCCGGGGAGAAGUGCACUCACUGCGCUCAUGGCUUUUACGCAUUCCAGGAUGGUGGCUGCACACCUUGUGACUGUGCUCAUACUCAUGAUGCUUGUGAUAGAGAUUCCGGACAAUGCAUUUGCCCUCCUCAUACUGAAGGAGAAAAAUGUGAAUUCUGCAAGGAAAACUUUUGGGGUCUGGAUCCAAAGAAUGGAUGCAAGGCCUGCAAUUGCAGUGAUAUAGGUUCAGUCAGUCUCCAGUGUGACCCGGUCAAUGCUCAGUGCCAGUGUAAGAAUGGAUUUGGAGGAAACGACUGCGCUGUGUGUGCUUUGGGGUAUAGAGACUAUCCAGAUUGUGUUCCUUGUGACUGUGAUUUACGUGGCAGUAAAGCAGACACAUGUGACCAAAGUCAAGGAAUCUGCAGCUGUGAAGAGGAAACUGGUGUGUGUGUCUGCAAGGAAAAUGUGUUUGGAAUACACUGCAGUGAAUGCAAACCUGGGACCUUUGCCCUUCAUGCCAUUAAUCCUUCAGGAUGCAUUCCAUGUUUCUGUUCUGGGAUGUCGAAGUCUUGUUCAGAAGUAGACAACCAUGUGAGAGUUCCGGUAACCCUGGCUCCACAGCAGACUGGUUUGUAUGUGGUUUCUCACAGUAACCUUACUGGUACCAGUGCUGGUGUAUUUUCCCUGUUUCCUGAUACAUUAAUGGAUGCCACAACAGUCCGACAACACUUGAAUACAGAGCCAUAUUACUGGAAAUUACCAGAUCAAUUUCAGGGAAACCAGCUCAUGGCUUAUGGUGGAAAAUUGAAGUAUUCAGCAGCCUUUUAUGCUUUGGAUGGCACUGGAACCUCAAACCUUGAACCACAAAUCCUGAUAAAGGGAGGUGGCAGUAGUAAACAGGUCAUCUAUGUGGAUCUUCCUGCCCCAGAAAAUGGAGUAAGACAAGACGAAGAAAUAGUACUGAUGGAGAGUGCCUGGAAAUAUUUCAACUCCGUUUCUGAUGAACCUGUCUCACAUUCUGACUUCAUGUCAGUGCUGAGCAACGUAGAGUACAUUCUUAUAAAGGCAUCCUAUGGCCAAGGAUUACAGCAAAGCAGAAUUUCAAACGUCUCCAUGGAAAUUGCCAUGAAAGCUGAAGACACAUCCUUGGUUAAGGAAACAGCUCAUCACAUUGAGAAAUGCCUGUGCCCUACAGGUUAUGCAGGACUCUCAUGUGAGGACUGUGCACGUGGGUACUACAGGGAAAAACAUGGAGACACAACCCUAAAAGUAUCCCCCUCACGACUUCCACCUUGUUUGCCAUGCCACUGCAACAACCACAGUGAUUCUUGUGAUCCAAAAACAGGAAAGUGUUUGGACUGCAAACACAACACAGUUGGUGAACACUGCAGUGUUUGCGCUCCAGGCUAUUAUGGCAAAGUGACUGGAUCUGUCAAUGAUUGUUCUCUGUGUGCAUGUCCAAGAAGGAGUCCUGGGAGCUUUAGUGCCACGUGCAUUAUGAAAGGUGUUAAUGAUUUCCUCUGCGAUGCUUGUAUCACCGGAUAUGAAGGGCAAUACUGUGAAAGAUGUUCUCCAAGUUAUUAUGGAGAUCCUAAAGCACCUGGUGGCACCUGCCAGCCGUGUCAGUGCAAUCCAAGUGGCUCUGUCCACAGUAACUGUCAUCAUAUCACUGGACAAUGUGUCUGUAAGCAAGGUGUAACUGGGCAGCUAUGUGAUGAGUGUGAAUCAAGGCACAUUCUUGUGGGAAAUGAAUGUGUAUCAUGUGAUGAUGACUGCACAGGAUUAUUGUUAAAUGAUUUGGAUAAACUUGAUGAAGCCAUGCUGUUAGUAAACCUCACUGGUGCUAUCCUGGCACCAUAUGGGAUACUUUCAGAUUUGGAAAAUGCAACAAAAGAGUUAAAGGGGUCAUUUUGGACUAAAGAAGAACCAACCUACUCAAUGGAAAGUAUGAGCGACCAUCUUGUAACUCUAUCAGAUGAUACAGACAAGAUGGACAAUGAGUUAACUAGAAUAUUAGGAAGAGGAGACUAUCUCAACAGUGCUACAGAAAGGACCUUGAGCAAGAGUCGAGAAUUGGCUAUAUUUAUUGACACAUUACAGGAAACAAUUAAAGUGCUUGUGGAAGUGGCAACAUCUCUUAAUGAAACAUUAGGAACUGAUUUUCCAUUGUCGAAUAGGACAUUUCAGGAACUGCAAGAUGAGAUUCCUCUCAUGUUGAACACAAUGCAUGGAAGAAAUUUCAAGCAGCUGCACCAAAAUAGCACUCUUGAACUAAAAGCUGCAGAAAGAUUAUUAAUACGAAUCCAGAGAGAGUAUUGGAGACCACAGCAAGAAUUUAAGGACUUACAAAAAAUAGUAAAAAGUACCUUAUCAAAUCGUAGCACCAGUCUUCAGGAAGCCAAGGAUGUUGUGAAUGAAGCUAGCAGAAACACCAAUGAGACCAAGCGCCUGCUUUUUCUUAUGAAUAAUAACCUCAAAGAGUUCAAUCAUAAAAAGUUGAAUAUUCAAGAAGACAAAGUGCUCGCUGUUACGCUGACCAAAGAAGGAAAAGUUCAGAUGGAUGCUACUGCUGCCCUUGCUAAAGAUGUAAUUAACUCUACAUCUAGUCUAGAAAUCCACCGGGAUGGACUGAUCCUAUGGAAUGGCAAAUUAAGGCAGCACGUAGAUGACCUGGUCAUGCAGAUGUCCACUCGACAAGCUCUUGAUCUUGUUUACAGAACAGAAGAUCAUGCUGCUGAGUUACAGAAAGUUGUUCAUGCAUUAAACAGUGGUCUCUUGAAUGUUAGAAAUGUGUCUCUGAAUGCAACAAAUGCUGUCGAUGCAUACUCCACCAUUAAAAGUCUGAUUGAAAACGCAGACAGCCUGGCAAGCGAUGCUUAUAGGAUUGUAACUGAAUCAAUGCAUGUGCCAAAAGAGACCGUUAAUUCUACUGGAAAAAAUGUUCUACAUCUUAGUGUCAAGUAUUUAACUGAAGCAAAAGGUUUGCACAAGAAGUCUGAAGGACUUGAGCCUGGAUUAAACAAGAUGAAGAUGAAAGUAGAAAAAAUUAAAGAGAAAGCUAGUGGAACUGCUCAACAGUUUAAUGAGUCACUGUUGCAGCUGACGGCAUUGCCAAAUGAUACCAGUGAAAAUAUACUUGCUGUAAAAGAGCUAGCUGUAUCAGCUAAUGUGACUGCACUUAACGGUUUAAGCCGCACUAGCGGAUUUAGCGCGAAGUUGCUGAACACUUCAUCUGCAUUGUCUAAGGUUAAUGAGACGUUGCAGAAAACCAAUGAACUUAUAAUCGACUCAUCAAAAGCUGCGGCCUCAGCUGAAAGAAAAGUGAAUGAAGUUGAAAUCCAGGCUGGUCUGUUAUUUGGUAGGCUGAAACCUCUCAAAGUGCUUGAAGAGAACCUGAGCAGAAACAUCUCUGAAAUUAAAGAGCUCAUCAGUCAGGCCCGCAAACAGGCAGCUUCUAUUAAAGUUGCAGUGUCUGCAGAAAGAGACUGUAUUCGUGCCUAUCAGCCCCAGAUUUUAUCUACGAACUACAAUACAUUAACAUUAAAUGUUAAAACAACUGAACCUGAUAAUCUCCUCUUCUAUCUGGGUAGCAGUGGUAAAACUGAUUUCAUGGCAGUGGAGAUGCGACGUGGCAAGGUGGCCUUCUUGUGGGAUAUGGGCUCUGGAUCGACAAGACUGGAAUAUCCAGACUUUUCUAUAAACAACAAUAAAUGGCACAAAAUACAUGCUACAAGGUUUGGAAAAACUGGAACCCUGAGUGUAGAGGAGACAAACUCGUCUCAGAAGCCCUUUACAAGAACUGCCACUUCUCCUGGGACAGCUACCGUACUGGAUGUAAACCAGUCAACUCUAAUGUUUAUUGGCGGACUUGGAGGGCAAAUCAAGAAAUCAUCUGCUAUUAAAGUCACACAUUUUAAGGGAUGCAUGGGGGAGGCAUCCUUGAACGGCAAAUCUGUUGGACUCUGGAACUACAUGGAAAGGGAAGGGAAGUGCAGCGGAUGCUAUGGAAGCCUACCGGAUGAAGACACUUCGUUUCAUUUUGAUGGCAGUGGAUAUUCAGUGGUGGAGAAGGCACUUCGCUCCACUUUGACACAAAUUGUAGUAUUUUUCAGCACUUUCACACCAAAUGGUCUCUUAGUAUACCUGGCUUCUAAUGGCACAAGGGAUUUCUUGUCUCUGGAACUUGUUGAUGGGCAAGUUAAACUAAUGGUUGAUCUUGGUUCAGGUCCUCUUAUCCUUAGAACAGAGAGACGCUACAAUAAUGGAACAUGGUAUAAAAUUUCGUUCAGUCGAAACAAAAAAGAAGGGGUUUUGACAGUCAUGGAGGCUUAUAACCUCAGUUCUAAAGAAACCAAGCGAGGAGAAGCCCCUGGUGCAGCCUCUGACCUGAAUCGUUCUGAUAAGGAUCCUAUUUAUGUUGGUGGGUUACCACGGUCAAGGACAGUAAGGAAAGGGCUUAAUAGUAGAAGAUACGUGGGAUGUAUAAAGAACUUGGAAAUAUCCCGUUCCACCUUUGACUUGCUUAAAAACUCAUAUGGUGUGAGGAAAGGCUGCAUCCUAGAGCCUAUACGCGGUGCUAGUAUCUUAAGUAAUGGUUACAUUGAAUUGCUGCCUAAGUCACUUUCACCAGAAUCGGAACUCAUGGCCACUUUUGCUACUAAAAACACCAGUGGCAUUAUCCUCGUGGGGCUUAGCAAAGGUGCAGAAAAACGAAGACGCAGGCAAGCCCAUCUGCCCUUUUUCUCCAUCAUGCUGGUCGAUGGCCAUUUGGCAGUGCACGUUAAUGCCGGCGACCGAGCAAGUACACGAAAGGUUACAGUCAAGUCAGCUAAUGGAACUUAUAGUGACGGCCAGGAACAUUCUGUCAUUCUGACUCGGAAUAAAAGGAUGAUAACUGUCCAAGUGGAUGAAAGUAGCCCUGCAGGAAUUAGACUUGGCCCAUUGGCAGAAACGAGACCAAUGAACAUAUCCAACUUCUUCAUUGGUGGGGUUCCUGCAGGAGAAGGCAUUUUAGGACUAAAUAUGACUGGCUCUUUCUGUGGCUGUAUAACCAACCUGAUAUUUAAUACGGAACUUCUGGAUUUCACCACUGCAGUGAGGUAUGAAGGCGUUGAUUUGGACAGCUGCUUUCUCUGGGAAAAGCCGAAGUACACCAUUGACCCAGAAGACCCUGAGAGCUUGGCUGAAAUGCAGAUGCUUUCGCUUUCUUUAAGGCCUCCUUCAGAAAUUAAGAAAAAACCAUGUGCAGAGGGUGAACUACUGAAUUACAUUUCUGGUGCUCAUCAGUUUGGCCUUGCCAGAAGCAGCCACUUGAUGUUACUUUUUGAUCAGUCUACAGUAAGGAAGAAGCUUUCCGUGCAGUUGAACCUCAGGACCUUUGCUCCUAGUGGGCUGAUAUACUACAUGGCUCACCAAAAGCAGGCCGAUUAUGCAGCCCUUCAGCUACAAGGAGGGAAACUUUAUUUCUCAUUUGAUCUGGGGAAAGGACGGGCGGUAGCUUUCCAUGGAGCAAUAAUCACCGAUGGAAAAUGGCAUACGGUGAAGACAGAGUUUGCUAAGAGGAAAGGUGUCAUCAUAGUGGAUGGGCAGGAAUCUGUGGCUGUCAGUGUUCCAGGAGAUGGAAACACAUUGGAUGUGGAUGGAAAGCUGUACUUAGGGGGUCUGCCUUUAGCUUACCCAGCCAAGCAGAUUGGAAAUAUUACUCACAGUAUCCCUGCAUGCAUUGGUGGACUAACCCUUAAUAGCAAGGAACUGGAUAAAGAAAGCCCAGCUUCAGUCUUCGCUGUGAAUAAAUGCUAUGUUGCAGCUCAGGAAGGAUCGUUUUUUGAUGGAAAUGGUUUUGCUGCUCUUGUUAAGGAGGGCUAUAAAGUCCGAUCUGAUGUUAAUGUUACAUUUGAGUUCCGCACCACUGUUGUGAAUGGAGUUCUUCUUGGAAUCAGCAGCGCUAAAGUGGAUGCCAUUGGGCUAGAGAUUGUAAAUGGCAAGGUUUUAUUCAGCGUCAACAAUGGAGCUGGUCGAAUAACAGCUACCUAUGAACCAAAAGGCACGGCUAGUCUUUGUGAUGGACAGUGGCACAAACUUCAAGCAAACAAAAGCAAGCAUCAUAUUGCUCUGAUAGUUGAUGGGAACUUGGUUCAAAUGGAUAAUCCACAUAUGCAGUCCACCUCUGCAGAUACGAACAACCCAAUAUAUGUUGGAGGCUAUCCUGCUGAUGUAAAACAAAAUUGCUUGACCAGUAAGAGCUCAUUCCGAGGGUGUUUGAGAAACCUCAUGCUGAUUAAGGGCCAUCAGACAGAAUCAUUUGACUUCAGCGAAGCCUUUGACCUGCAUGGAGUCUUUCCACAUUCCUGCCCUGGGGCCGAGCACUAAAUGUCAGGGAAAACUGUCUAUUUUAAAAAUCUUUGUCUAUUGUUAAUGAAAGAGAAAUGUUUUUAACAAUAAUCCUGAUCACAGUGAUAUCCCCGUAUUAUUCAGCUCAGGACAAAUAUUUUUAGUCAGAACUUGUACGAUUCCAAUUUUUUUUUUUUACAUUUUUAAAGCCUCUUUGUACAACAGAUACCUCUACUAAAACUUUAACAUUAACGGAGUACUUUUUUUUAAAAAAAAAAAAGUUUGUGUUUUUUUUAAAAAUCAGUGUUUACGAUGUAUCUUUGCUGAUUACUUGACAGUAUUUCAUUCAGUGUAUAUGGGUCUUUUUAUAAUAAAGAUGUAAAAUGGGCCCCACACA